CGACCGAUAUCGAUACCACAUCUAACAACACUAUGAUGCAUCCAAAGUUCAGGACCAAGACUGCUUCUUUCCUAUAUGACGAGCUACAAGGCAAGGUCACAGAGACGACUCUUGCAUUUGUAUGUAAUUCUGUCGACGCCGCUUCUCUGGAUUCGAUGCUGAGAGAUCCGAGGACGUUUCCGAGGGACAUCUCAACUGUAUCGCUGGCGUGCGUACAACUUGCUUCCUCAAAUUAACGAAAAUGUUAAUCUUUUGUCAUUUUCAGAGAAUGUGUUCGAACGGAUUUCAAUGAUCCACGAAGACAUUACACCGUCGACUUAUUUGAUAAGCACUUAAUACCAAUAGGCUCGAUACGAGUUUAUCUCGAAGGAGACUGUCGCGUAAUGCAGAAUGCCAGCGACGAGACUAUGCUCAUGUACAAAGCAAAGAUAGGACUCCUAUGAAGAUAUGCGUCGCGUCAGGAUCCGAGUUCAAUUGAAAAUAUUUUUGGUAGCACGGAGCAUCACGUAUCGGUGUGGACGGCCCGCGUACCAUCGGCCCUGGUUUCGUCGUUUGCCUCCGAGAGAGCCGGCUCGAGGCUCAUGAUCGACACUAUUGCGGAGCAGGGAAACACCGCAAAGGCUGUGCCGGCAUUUAUUCAUCUGCGGCAUCAGUUGGUAUUCAUUUGUGCAUCUCUUCAGUAGUGCUACAAUAACUCCGUGCCGCUUCCUGUGUUAUUUGCUCAUUUAUUUUAUUAUCGUUCUCAACCCUUAGACUUAUGGCUGAUUAAUAGAGCGUAACCAUUUGAUCAA